CAUUUCCCGCCGCGAAUCUCCUCCGUAACCACCACCCACCUACCCCUGCCCCCCUUUAGUUUCCUUCUGCUUUUUUAACCACCGUUUCACCAAAACAAGCACCUCAAUUGUUCAAACCCUAAUUUUUUUAAUAUUCCGUUCAAUUCUCUGAUCCUCCAAUUGCAGAAUGAGGCUUCGCUCUCACGCCGAUGGCGCUUCUUCUUCCAAAGGGAAGCGGAAACCGAAGUACAGAGACGGUUCUGAUGCGGAAGAUUAUGGAGUGGACCCGUCCUCCGAUUCUGAUUUUGACGUUCCGAGUGAUGAUGGUGAAGAUCUGCUUGAUGCACUUGAUAACAGUACGGCAAUGUUCAAUUUGAACUAUAUAAGUGAUGAGGAUGGUGUCGCGAAGAGGAGGAAAACGAACUCCUAUGGGAAAAGCGCAAGUAGUAAAAAAGUUGAAGAGGAGAGUGAGAGAUGCUCAGAUGCAGACAUUGAGACUGGUACUGGCAUCGAUCUAGAGAAAAUCGAAUACGCUAGUGGAAUAGCUGAGAAAUUUCUCACGAAAAGGAAGGGAAAGAAGAAAAAAGAUAGGCCUAUACUAAUGUGGGAAGUAUUAGAAGAAGAAAAUGAUAGAUGGAUUGAAGAGAAUUUACAAAUGGAUAUGGACCUGAUGAAUCAGAAUGAGAUAUCAAUGGAAACUGCUGAGCCUUCAGAGGACUUGAUAAUACCACUACUAAGAUACCAGAAGGAGUGGUUAGCUUGGGCUUUGAAACAAGAGGAAUCUUCUGCCCGAGGUGGCAUCCUUGCCGAUGAGAUGGGAAUGGGCAAGACUCUCCAGGCAAUAGCACUCGUUCUUUUUAAAAGAAGCAUCUCAGCAGGAAUUCCUGAUGCUUACGUACCCUCAUCUUCAGGCAGUUCCUCAAAGGAGUUGCCACAAAUAAAGGGCACACUUGUUAUAUGUCCCCUGGUUGCUGUGAUGCAGUGGGUUAGAGAGAUUGAUCGAUUCACUGCCGAUGGAAGCACCAAAGUCCUUGUCUAUCAUGGUGCCAACCGAGCAAAAAAUCUUUAUCAGCUUUCAGAUUAUGAUUUUGUUAUAACAACAUAUGCAAUUGUUGAGGCAGAAUACAGAAAAUAUGUGAUGCCUCCUAAAGACAAAUGCCAGUAUUGUGGAAAAUUGUUUUAUGAGCAUAAGUUGAAAAUUCACUUGAAAUAUAUGUGCGGACCUGGUGCUGUUCGGACUGUUAAGCAGGCAAAGCAGCAAAGAAAGGAACCAAAGGGCAAGAAAAUGCCGGAUCUCGAGAUUAAUACAAGGGAGCUAAACAAAGGGAACAAAAAUGGCAUUGGUUGCAAGGAAAUGGAAAAUGAUGAUUCAGUUGAUAAUUCAGAUAUGGCCACAUCCAAGGGAAAAUCUAUUCUGCACUGUGCGGCUUGGGAACGUAUUGUGUUGGAUGAGGCUCAUUGUAUUAAAGAAAGACGUAGCAAUACGACUAGAGCUGUUCUUGCUCUACAAUCUAGAUACAAGUGGGCUUUAAGUGGUACUCCUCUUCAGAAUCGUGUGGGCGAGCUCUACUCACUUAUUCGCUUUCUCCAGAUAGUUCCUUACUCGUAUUAUUUCUGCAAGGAUUGCGAUUGUCGUACGCUUGAUUACAGUACAGCAGAAUGCCCAGGAUGUGAGCAUAAAAAUGUUCGGCACUUUUGCUGGUGGAAUAGAUAUGUUUCUACACCAAUUCAAGAUUCUGGCAGGAAGGGAGGUGGUAGAGGUGCUAUGAUUUUGUUAAAACACAAAAUCCUGAAAAGCUUAGUGUUAAGACGUACAAAAAAGGGUAGAGCAGCUGAUCUUGCGCUACCCCCUAGAAUUGUUACAUUGAGAAGAGAUUCUCUCGAUGUUGUUGAAGAAGACUAUUAUACAGCUCUCUACAACGAGAGUCAAGCGCAGUUUAAUACAUACGUCGAUGCAGGAACGCUGAUGAAUAACUAUGCCCACAUAUUUGAUCUACUGACACGCCUUCGUCAGGCAGUUGAUCAUCCCUACCUCGUGGAAUAUUCUCUUACUUCAAUGGAAAGAAAGGGCAAAGCAGUUGAUACUGGAAGUGAUGUGAAAUGUGGCUUGUGUAAUGACACCGAAGAAGACACAGUGGUCACAUCAUGUGGGCAUACCUUCUGCAAACCCUGUUUGAUCGAUUUUAGUGCUAGCAUGGGACAAAACUCUUGCCCUACUUGUUCAAAGCCACUUACUGUUGAUUUCACCGCCAACAAAGCUGGGAAAGAACCAAGGUCAAAAACAACUGUCAAAGGAUUCAGACCAUCAAGUAUUUUGAAUAGAAUCCGGCUUGAUGAUUUUCAGACAAGUACAAAAAUUGAUGCUUUGAGGGAAGAAAUUCGAUUUAUGGUUGAAAGGGAUGGUUCAGCCAAGGCAAUUGUCUUCAGCCAGUUCUCGUCUUUCUUGGAUCUCAUACACUAUGCCCUUCAAAAGUCUGGAGUGCAGUGUGUCCAGUUAGAUGGGUCCAUGUCAAUGGGAGCUAGAGAUACUGCUAUAAAAAAGUUUACUGAGGAUCCUAGUUGCAGAGUCUUUCUGAUGAGCUUAAAAGCAGGGGGUGUCGCCCUCAAUCUCACGGUAGCAUCACAUGUUUUCUUGAUGGAUCCAUGGUGGAAUCCUGCUGUGGAGCGGCAGGCGCAAGACAGAAUUCAUCGAAUUGGCCAAUUCAAACCAAUAAGGAUUGUGAGGUUUAUUAUUGAAAACACCGUGGAGGAAAGGAUUUUAAAGUUGCAGGAGAAGAAGGAAUUAGUAUUCGAGGGCACGGUGGGUGGAUGUUCGGAGGCACUGGCCAAAUUAACAGAAGCUGAUCUGAGAUUCCUGUUUGUGACUUGAGUUUCAUCAGGUCUGCUGGUAAAUUUUAGGAUUUUGUCGUGUCGUUCGGUUAGCGUUUCCUUUCGAUGAACGAAUUGCUAAAACUAGUCCGGUAUUUUUGACUCCUUUUGGCAAAGACAGAUCUUUGCCUGUUGUUGUAAUGUAACAGAUCUUUGAUGAUGCUAGACAUUAACAUAUGAAUGUGUUACAGUUUAUUGCA